CCGAGAUUCAUCUAAGAUGGCGGACGAAAUUUGCGCAAAACGGAUUAAGAAGUCUGAUGGUGUUAACAUGGUUACUUGUCAAGCCCCAGUCAAUAUUGCCAUCAUAAAAUACUGUAAGUGGGAUAUAAUUAAUUUACAGAUAGCUUUCAGAUGCUGAAAAAAUUCUAUACUUAUUUCCUGUAAAACAAAAACGAUAAAGACUGAAAUGUGAAAAAAAUUUUAUGUUGCAGGGGGAAAAAGAAACGAACAGCUUAUUCUACCUUUGAAUUCUUCGCUAAGUGUAACUCUUGAUAAGAAAGAGGUAACGUAAAUUUCGAAUAUUUUAGUUGUUUUUAAAAGUGGUUGGGUCACAUAAACUGUCUAUAACUGAAAACACCAGCAUAAACGUCAAUAUCAAGCUUGUCCCCUUUCAUAAUAUAGUGUGGUCAGGAAAAAAAAUCAACAUGACCAAAUUUUAUAGUUUCUUUAGAAACAUAUGUGCUGUGUUGACAGGGAUUUAAGAAAAAACCUUGUUGUUCAUCGUCGAGGAGUUAAUAUGAAUGAUAAACCGCAGUCGCCAAGUUUGAAAAGUUGAUGUUUUGAGGAAGUGGAACAAGGCUAAUGGUAGUAAGUCAGGUGUACAUAACUCAAACCGAUGAGGGACUCAUAACAUGUACACCACAGCAUUUAUUAACCCAUGCCAAAAGAUAUUUUCACCCCAGCACCUACACUAAGAAUAAAAUAGAUAAACAAUUUUGUACCAACAAGUUAAAGACCAAGAUCAAGAUGAAGAUUAGUAAUUGUAAUCUGUGGUUUGUUCUUACUUUAGCUCCAUUCUUCUACAACUGUUGCAGCAAGUGAGGAUUUUUCUGAAGAUUGUAUUUGGCUCAAUGGAAGGUUUGGUAGCAUAUAAUACCAGAUGAGAUUUGUAUCAAGACUCAUUGUCUAAGAAUUUUAAAACAUCCCAUUAGCAGUAAGACUCUGAUAUUCUUACACAAGGAAUAUUGAGUUUUAUUGAUAUUGAGUUAAAUUUUCAUUUUUUUUUUUAUUUUGGGGUAUUAGAUGCCAAGCUUUACUACAUGUAAGUCUUCCACCAUGAUAAACAAAAUUUUUUAAUACAUUUAUACAGCGGUUUUGAAACUUGAGGCCACAUUCCAAAAAUGUACCCUAAAUAUAGUAUUAUUGUACAAUAAGAAAAAGGAGAUCAAGAUGAAUUAUAAUUUCCAGGGCACAUGCAUGUAACUCACUUUUUCCCUCUUAUCCAGGAAGCAUAACAUUGCUGAAAUGCCACGGAUUCAAAAGUGUCUAGCAACAAGUGAGUUCUGGUUUGAUUUAGUCACCAUUGGAAUUUUUUUUAUAUUCAAUCAAGUGAAUGGAUUUAUUAUCCAAUUAUGAUAACUAUCUUUUUUAUUUACAGUGUAAUACAUUUUGAAAAUUGGAAGUUUUAGAAUUAAUCUACUCUUUUCUUAGAAUAAAUUUUAGUCAGAGAAAAUUUAUUCGUAUCUGUUCAGUCUCAAAUGGAGGAUGUCUUGAUCAACACUGCUAUAAAAGUCACAUCAUUUUCUUUUUCAGUGAGGAAGCUGUCACACAAUGAGUCUCUUAAGGACUGCUGUAUUCACAUUUGCUCGCAGAACAACUUCCCUACUGCUGCAGGCCUGGCUUCAUCUGCUGCUGGAUAUUCCUGCCUAGGUAGAAAAAGAGGAAUCCUACAUGUAAAUUUACACACACAAAGGUUUGAUCUUUUGAGACAGGAGACUUAUUAUACUCUUGAGUUUAGGAAGGCACAGUGAGAUGAAAAGGUCAUGCACAAUGAUCCUACAAGGGCUCAAACUUUGACCUCCUGAUGUUGAUUUCAGUGUUAAAACCAUUAACUCUUGACACCCUAGCGUCAGUAUACAUAUUCUCCAUACUGUUCUCUAUACAUUUUCAAGGGUGCUGACGAGGAGAACUUGUUUCACACCAAGAGUUUUUUCAGUUGGUGAUAAUUUCCUUUAUUCUUGUGACCUCAAUGUGUGAUUCAGGGAUAGUGUAUGGAGAAAUUAGAUGCACAUCACUCUUAGGGGUUAAAGGGUGGAGCCAAUACAAUUUUUCUGAGAAUUAUGCUUAUUUAAUGUUAGCCUCCAGGUACUCUUUCAAUUAGCAGAAAAAUUAAGUUAACGUACUCUUACACACACACACACAUUCAGACUUUCCAAUUUUCACAAAAAGUUGUAUAGCUUUGAAUGUCAGUAUGUAUACAUUCCAAUUUUAUUAUAGUGAUGGUAAUUUUUGUACACAGUUUUUGCUCUGUCAAGAUUACUUCAAGUCAAGGGUGAUCUUUCAAGAAUAGCAAGGUGGGAUAACUGAACCUCCUCCGCUAACAGAAAGAAACAACAAUAAUGAUGUGUACUUUCAUGAGUAGAAGAAGUCACCACCAUAAACUUUACAGAGAAUGGUUUUAUUGAGAACUCAAGAAACGCCAAAAGACUGAAGGGCAUGACACAUUCUGAUGGCUGAUUUUUGUAUUGCUUGUUUGUCUCCCCUUUUCAUUUUUAUCGUGAUGUUAUAGGCAGGGGUCAGGAAGUGCUUGCCGCAGUAUGUAUGGAGGGUUUGUUGAGUGGGAAAAAGGUGAUGCAGAGGAUGGAUCAGACAGCAUUGCUAAACAGGUAAUCAUAUCAUUGUUUGUUUCUUAACCCUUGGCCCAAGCAAAGAAAGUUACAAAGAAAUUUUCAUAAGAUAUUGGUUUACAAUAAGACAUUGAAGAGAUUAAAAAACAUGCAUCCAACAGUUUGAGAGAAAUUGGAAAAUGGUCUUACACAAAGGUAAUUGGGGUUUUAGAAAAAAAACUUGCCAUAAAUGCAAUAUGUGCUUUUGCUGAUUUGCAAGCUUUUCAUGAUGUUCUUGUAGAUAAGCCACCCCCCCUGUUUUGUUACCAAAAUUUUGGGAAAAGAGUUGCGGCAUAUAUUCUGUUGUUUGCAGUACAUCGCAAUUCAAAAUUUUGAGUCACAGCUCAUGAUUUAUUUUAGGUUUGUUUCAAAAUUAUUGCUCUCACAUCCAUUCCUUGUAGAAAUCACAUGUACUGAUAUACACAACAGGUUAAGCAAAAACAUUUUGAUAAUUGCAUAUUGAAACGCUGAAGAUCAAGCACGAACUUCAGUAUUUAAAGUUCCAGCAAUAUAUAGAAAAUCUUGUUUUUGUUUCUCAGAUUGCUACUGAAGAUCAUUGGCCAGGUUUAAGGGUACUUAUUCUGGUGGUAAGACCAUUGACAGAGAGACAAUUUCACAGUACAUUACGAUAGUUGAAAAUCAAUGAUACAAUUCCCUAAACAAGGAUUAUUGAUAACUAAGUACCUCAUACGUAUUGGCAAAACGAGCUAAACUGCACUUGAGGUCAGUCAACAUCUUCAAGAACAAAAUAAAAUGGAUCCGAGAAUUUUUCGCGCUCUUUACAGAUUUCAGACAUUGCUUUUUGCCUCCACAGGAAUUUUGGAUCCUUAAGCGUCCUUCGUCUUCUUGUGCUAUUUAAAUAUACACUUCAGCUUUUUGCCUUAAGAUAUCAGUCUUUGUUUGACACCAACCUGAGAUGUUAAAGGAACGUAACACAUUCUUAUUAGAGAGCAGAAAAAGAAGCUACUUGGCGCAACUGAUAUACAUCUUUGUCUCACUUUUAGGUCAAUGAACACAAAAAAGGCACAAGUAGUACUGAUGGAAUGAAAAGAAGUGUAGAAACCAGUGAUUUACUUAAGGUACGCCCUGACAAGUUUUCACGCCUCAGUUGGGAUAGAGCAAACAUUUGUGUAACGUUUGCCUUUCCAAUCAACAGUGUACAGCAGUUAGAAAAGAGAAUUCGUAUAAAGGCCCCAAAUCAAUGAGGAUCUCAACUUGGAGGUCGUAUAUGUCAUUUUAGCCUCACUAAAGCCACAGUGCAGUACCACUGUGGUGGUUUUGCAACCAUUUAACGUAUACCAACACGUUUACACAUUUUGGGCUCUUUACCAGUUUAGAUCUGAGUUUUGUGUUCCUGAGAGAAUGAAGAUAAUGAAGAAAGCAAUCUCGGAGAGAGAUUUUGAGACAUUUGCAGAAACUACAAUGAAGGUAAUAGUUUUUGCUCUGAUUGUUUAAAUUCUUUUUCGGUUAUUCUUUGCUGUGUCACGCGAUUGAAAAAGAGCUCUCAUUACUACCUGAAUAAAGGUGGUAAGUUUCUAAAGAAACUGUGGUGCUACGUCGGUGGGAGUGUAUAACAGGGCAAUUUAGUAUUAUCAACUGAGUUGAUAACGUAAAUUGGCCACCGUAAAGAGUUAAAAAGCUGACAUUUGAAUCCAAUCCAAUCUCUCUGACGAGGGGCUAACGCUCGAAACGUCAGGUUUUAAACUCUCAACGGUGGCCAAUUUACGUUAUAAACUCUGUUGAUAAUACCAAAUUACUCUCUCUACUAUCGUGGCGUUGCGGGACUUUUCCAUUGAAUGCUAAGAGAGAAACCUCCGCGGAAUUCUGCGUUGAAUGUUAACAUUUCAACAUAGUUGGUUAAUUAGUGCUCACAUGUGGAAUGUGUUCAGUCCAUGAGAACGUUUCAAGGCAUAAUUUUGUUCUUGUGUAGGAAAGCAAUCAGCUGCAUGCAGUGUGCCAGGACACCUACCCUCCCAUCGCACCACCAUACAUGAAUCAGACCUCGCACAGUAUAGUUCAGUUGGUUACCCUGUACAACAACUUCUGUGGUCAACUUAAGGUAAUAAAACUUUUGGUUAGCGUGUGAUCAAUUGUCCAUUUUUGCAUUCUACAAUUGUUGCUGCUUGAAACGUUUUUGUGUUUUACUUGAAGGACUAUUUAGGUCUCUUUGAAUCCUACUGCGUAGAAAACAUAACCGCCCAUCAGAGAUUAUAAGAAUCGCCUUAGAACUCCUUUUGCGUUAGCGUCAAUCGAACUCACGCGGUGUGCCUUCUACCGUGCGCGCAAUAUUUGCUCUUUUGUCCCCUUUUAUCUUCCUAGCAAUUAGAAUUGGCCAAUCGUGUUUGCGGUGGGCGUGGCUCUAAAUCUAUCCCGAGAGUCUUUCACCACAUUCUCAAAGUGCUUUGUAUCGAAAUCCUUUGGUUUCAGACUAAAACAAAAUAACUAGGCUGUUUAACUGGAAAACUUCAGAUUGCAUUUCUGAACAGAAGCAAAUACUAGGUCUGAUUUAGUGAAACACAGAUCAAACCACACCAGGUACUAUUGACGGACUCUGUUGUAUCCUCCACGUCAUUAGGUUGCCUACACAUUUGAUGCCGGACCUAACGCGUUCUUGUUUGUAAUGGAAAAAGAUAUUGCAGAAAUUUCGUCGCUUAUUAGACACUUCUUUCCUCCAGAAACCGACAGAGGGUAAGUAAACCAGAUGAGUGACAGAGAAAACGAUAAAUUAGCCAUCUCGAAUAACAGUUCUGAGCUUGUUACGUCUUAAUUUGCAAAGAGGAGCUUGAGAGUAUUUCAUUAGUGAUUUUUCUGUUCGCACUCUCUCUCCAUUUGAGAUGCUAACCUCAGCCCCAGGUGUUUCUCGGUCCAAUUGUUGUUCUAAGAUGGCGGUUGAUUUUUAAGGUUGAGAGGUAUAGUUUCAUCUUGAAAACUGACCGAGGAAGCUUUGGAACGAGGCUGACGAGUUGCUUGUCCAUCAUCGUUAUUCUUAGGCGUAUUUGUCCGGUGUCCUUGCAACACAUUUUCCGCGCUGCCCUGGCGAGGAGAUUCUUUUUAAAAAAAAGUGCCUUCACGAGUUGCACACCAAAGUUCUUCCAACCAGGGAAUACUUAAUCCGCCGCACCCCACUAAGGUCAGUGGAUUUCCAACUGAUGCUGCGAAGUUUGGCGCUUCGUGGAACACGCGUAGUUUCAGUUUGGUCGCCUUGUUCUCACAGUGUUAGGUUUUCAACCUUUGCGUGCGUUUUCUAACAUCUGUUUUUCCAUUUAUAGAUUUAUUCAAGGAAUGGAAAUAAAAUCUCAAACUGAUUUAAACAAGGUGUGAUAUAUUCGUCGUGUGAAGGGUAGCACAGAAAUUACAUGCUCCUGAUAUCACAAACUCCCACUUAAGGUAAACAACCCUCGAGUUUUAAUCCAGGGUUAAGCUCACAAAUUUUUUUUCGGUUUGCAGAAUCUUUUGAAGUCGAUUACUAUUGAACCAUCUCCAGGAGCUGUAAAGUACGUUAUUUUAACAAAGGUGAGCAUGUAAUCCUUUGUUCUUCAUCUUUGACAAACUGAACCAUUCUGAUAGCACGGCGCGGCACACUCCUAGGAAGCCAAAUUUUGCCUGUUGCUUUCUCAUUUCUCUCCGCGUAAAGGCAUUGGUUACAACUCCACGUUUUUUCAUUAAAAACAGUAUCUCGUCACAGAUCAGCUAUAAGCAAUGUUUGGUGACAAACUUUCAAUUUUAGUGAAAGCCCGGAACACAAGCGAAUACAAAGGGAGAAAUCGUGCUCUAAGUGCAUAAGCAUAUGAACUCUCCCAUGUCGCGAAAGUGUGUGUUUUGUAAUUCAGUGUGACAGUAAUGAAUUAUUAUUAUUUAUUGAUAUUUCUCUCUCAGGUUGGCAGUGGCCCAAGUGAACUGGGCGAAGAACAUAGCCUUCUUGAUGAAAAUGGGCGGCCCAAACCCUAA